GUCGUUUUUACUUGAAACACUUUUUGACAACUACCAACAAUGUCCAACCGACCUGCUGCCAUGGGCCUCGACGCCGAGCUCGCUGCCAAGCGCGCCGCCAAGUACGACCCCGUUGCCGAGGGUGAGGCCAUUGCCUUCAUCAAGGAGCAGACUGGCAUUGUCGUCCCCGCCGGCAGCGACAACGUCCACUCGGCCCUCAAGGACGGCUCCGUUCUUGCAGAGCUCGCCAACUCGGUCAAGCCUGGCUCGUUCUCCAACACCAAGGCCCAGACCAUGCCCUUCAAGCAGAUGGAGGUCAUCAACAAGUUCCUCGAGGUCGCCUCGUCGCUCGGUGUCCCGAUCACCAACUCUUUCCAGACUGUCGACCUGUUCGAGAACCAGAACAUUGGCCAGGUCAUCAUUUGCAUCAACGCCCUCAAGCUCGCUGCUCAGGGCAAGGGCAAGCUCAACAGCCACGCCAGCAAGGAGGUUGUCACCGACCACUCUGUCAUCCCCAUGCAGACCCACGGCUACACUGGCGGCGCCAACGCCUCUGGUCAGAACUUUGGCCUCGGUCGCCAGAUCGUCAACAACAAGUAAAAGGUGUUGUUGUUGUUGUACUUUCGUUCCCCCCCCCCCCGUUUGCGUUCUGACAAUGGCGUGUUUUUCGUGUUGAAUAAGUCACUUGUUUUCAAUACAAUGGAUCGUUGUUGUCGUGUAACAACGCUGCGUUGUAUUCAGUACUCUGAUACACUGAACAUGCAUGGCAAACCGAGGAGAGGA